AUGGACGGCGCCGCGCACGGCGGCGACCACAUCCAGGUCCUCGUCCGCGUCCGCCCGCCGAACGCGCGCGAGCUCUCGCAAGGGUACGUCAAGGCGCUGCGCGCCAACCCGGGCGGCGCGUCCCUGGACGUCCUCCAUCCCGCGCACGCCGCGGCGAAGACGACGAGCGCGCACUCGUACGGAUACGACCACGUCUGCGACGAGCAUCAGACCCAGGCGGAGGUGUUCGAGUCCGUGGGCGUCCCGGUGACGGACGCGUUCUUGGAGGGGUACCACGGAUGCCUCAUCGCGUACGGGCAGACGGGCGCGGGGAAGACGUACACGAUGCAGGGCCCGGACGAGCACGCGGAUAAAGAAAACGCCGCCGCCGGCGCCGGCGCGGACGCCGACGCGAACGGCGGCGGCGGGUCCAUCGACUUCACCGUGAAGUGUUCCUACCUCGAGAUCUACAACGAGACCGUCGCGGACUUGCUGUGCGAAGAUCCGACGGGAGGACCGCAGCCGGUCAUCCGUCUGGACGAGAAGAAGGGCGUCUUCGUGGAGGGUCUCACCGAAGCCGCGGUGACGUCGGCGGAGGAAACCUACGACGUCUUCACGCGCGGGAGCCACAACCGACGCGUCGGUCAGACCGAGAUGAACCGCGAGUCGUCGCGGUCGCACGCGGUAUUCACCGUGUCGUUGGAGUCGCGAAGACGGCCGUUCAAAGGCGCGGCGGUGCAGAAGAGAAGCGCGCUCUUGCACCUCGUCGACCUCGCCGGGAGCGAGCGGCAGAAGAGCACCGACAGCGCGGGGGAGCGUCUGAAAGAAGCGAGCGCGAUCAACAAGUCGCUCAGCGCGCUCGGAAACGUCAUCAAGGCGCUCGUGGACGUCGCGGACGGCAAGGAGAGGCACGUCCCGUUCAGGGACUCGAAGCUGACGUUCCUCUUGAAGGAGGCGCUCGGCGGCGCGGCGAGGUGCACGCUGCUCGCGUGCGUCUCCCCGGCGGCGCAGCAGACGGAGGAGACGCUCUCCACGCUCAAGUUUGCGCAGCGCGCGAAGAUGGUCAAGGUGAAGGCGACCGCGAAUGAGGAA